GUUUUGUUGACACCGACCGUCUAAGUUGCGAAUGAUAGUAAAACUACGAGCAGCAACCAGCUGAUCGGAUUCAGACACUUCAAAAAACAUUGAUUUUAUCAGAACUUACAGCAAACACGCUUCUAUUUUCAUCUUGGAAAAAGCAAUGAAAGCACACAACGAUACUAAUGCCAAUGAAGAUGGAGCCUUAAGGGUCAUGCCAAAGGAGAGGGGUAGUCUGGUCGGUGUCUCUUGUAUAAUACGACAGUACGAAGAAUCAAGAUUUAUCGUUACUAUACCAGGACUGCCAAUUCUGCCUUAUCAAAAACAUAUAGGUCUACAUCAAUCGCAAAAUAUGCACGACAAAAGCCUGCAGGCAACUAGGGGAUCCAGUAAUCACGGAUACAACCUGCGAAGUUCACGUAAACAUCCGAAACUUCCCCCGAAACCUGCAGUGAAAAAACACCAGCAGAAAUUGACAGAUAUACAAGAUGCCAAAAAUGGAAAUUUUGCGGAACUUCACCAGGAGUACUUCACCGGUUCAACAGCUAUAAAACCACCACAAAACUGUAUUCUGACAGAACAAUUUCUACUUCGAAUCGCUGAACAACUAGGUAACGAAUGGCAGUCUCUUUUAAUCCACCUAGGCCUAAAGAAAUCUCAGAUUGACCUUAUCAAGUCAGAGACUUUGCACGGUGGUGAUUUACAACAGACUAUAUUCCGCGGACUUCUUAAGUGGAAGCAACGGUGCAGAAGAGAAGAUGAAGCUAUACACCAGUUGCGGUCUUGUCUUCAGCAAGUUGGACGCAACGAUAUAUCACAAGUUCUAAAUACAUUUGAAAUAAACGGUAACCACAGCAAUCCAUUCCAGAAUCAGAAUACUGUCACACUUCAGGAGAAAGUCGAAGAUUUAGAGAAGCGUGUGUCCUCUUUAGAAAAUCGAGAAUGCAACUGCUCAAUGAAAACAACUGACACAACAGAUGGAGGCGAGGAGUUCGAGAUUCUUACAAUUGAGGAAGUUGGACUAGCCAAAAACCAUUGCUAUGGCAACCAACAAGUCAGGAACUCGCUACAGGACUGGGUUGAAUGCGGCCUCCAAAGGAUGACAACUUGGAGUUACUCUGUAGGGCGUGUUCACGAAGAAGAGACUAUGGAGUUUUAGAAAAUCAUAAACUUUGAACUAUUAAGCUGGUCUUUUUUUCGAUUUUACUACGCAUUCGUGCGUACUGGGAAGAAGCAUGGGUGAUCGGUUGCCUGGUAGUAACAGAAAAUUAAAUUAAAUAAAUUAUGAGACUAUUUUUUCACGCAAACUGAACUCUUUCUCUAUGACGACUUUCAGUCGACAACCAACUCUAAGUUGGAUACGAUGACACUGAAAUGAAAGUGGUAGGCCCUUGUUAACUUAUGCACGUACAUACAAAUAAAUACAGUUGUCUGGAACAAUAUAAUUUUUAAUGUAUAUUUGAUAAAUAAAGAUUUAAAAAGUAAAGAAGAUAAAA